GCUCUCUUCGUUGUACAUUCGUUCAUUAAUGCCAGUGACGAGGAGAGCUGCUGGGGCAGCAGCAGCAGCAGCAGCAGCUGCGGAUGGAGGGAGGGAGGGAGAGGCGCAAAUACGCAAGGGAAGGGAAGGGAAGGGAAGAGCAGAGAAGACAGGGCGGAUCGUAUGACCAUUUCUUGCCAGGGGGCUUAAAAUAGGAGAAGGGGGACUGGGAAGGCGGGGGAUGAAUUUCUUUUUGUAUGUAUUUGUAUAGUUGCGGAAGGAAAGUGUGGGGAGCGAGAUUCACUAUUUUUGGAUCAGAGCGUGGAAAUUUUGCAGUCGGCCUUUCUUGGGCGUGGAGGGAGAGUUGGAGUGUGUGUCAUGAUCAGGAGCCAGGGAGGAGAGAGCGGAUUUGGUGGAUCUGGGGCAGAGUCAACCCUGUUGCUUGCAUCAAGCGAGCGAGCGAGCAAGCAAGGAAAGACGCAAGGAGAAGGGAAUGGGUUGGGUCUGGCGAGCGUCAGGCAAUUCUGCGAAUCAUGAGCUGCAGCAGACGCAGGAGCUCCGGGGGUAGCAGCUGCGAGCUCAUACACAAGCGGCGUAAGAACCAGAAGACGAUGUCGUGGGACAGCUCCUGGACCCUGGUCCGGAUUGCUGUGCCGAGAGCUGCCGGAGCAGAAUUCGGCACAGUGCACGUGACACGUAAAUUACACUUCUACAAACGUAAGCGGGUUGCUUCUUCUUCCACUUCAUCCUCUCCUCCUCACCCUUCUCUUCUUCCUCUUUUGCCUCUUCUGCAUCUUCUUCUCCUUGCCCCUCCCCUCCCUGGCUUCGCUUGUGCUCGGGGAUUCAUGGUCAAGUCAACGCCUUUUCCUCACUCCACGCACUAGGAAGCCAACAAACCACUCUUCCUCAUCAGUGUGUGUGUGUGUGUGAUCCCACCCGUAUGCUUCCUUCUGCUGCUUCCAGCCUUUUCCUCGCUCCGCUCUGCCUCUUUGCCCGACCGACCUUCCUUCAAGCCCGGGACGUAAUGACACUGGAGGUCGUCAUGGGCUCUCGAUUCGGCCGGGCUGGGCUCUGCGAACGAGGCCGGGAAGCAGGAGUCACUUAUCCUUCUGGCUCUGUAAACUGAACGCUGCAUAAGUGACAGCGCUUGAAGCGAAGAUCAGGAAGAGCAAAGCCCAGGUCGAAAGCGUGGUUGCGUACUUUCAGUGAUAUGUUUGAUGGGGACUGUGAAUCUAAGGAUCUGCUCCGGCACGAAGUUCCGUUAGAUGAGAUCGUCUGCAUUUUACACCGAGGACAGAUAGUCGACUCAUCGAAGCUGCAAGCUCUGGCUAGGUCGUAUCGCUUGUCUGCGCUGGACAAAUGAUGCCGGAAAGUGCCUUGGAUAUGGACAGAUGAUUCAUGGGUACGUCGUGAGGAGGCCUUCAGCUCGUGUGCUGUGAGCGGGUAUGGGAGUUCAGCCUUAUGUUCUGGAAGAAACCUUGAAAAUUAAAUUUUCAAGUGCAAAAGUGAAAAAGUAGCGGACCAUGUUCGUGCAAACAUUGAGUGCUUGGGUGUCUGUGAGAAGGUCCGAAAAUAACAGUGGUAGUACCUCUCCGAGUCCCCCUUUAGCAGCAAAUAGUGGGUGGAGGCGUGCACGGACACUGAUGGGAUUCAACGCUUGCACAUCUGCGCAACGGGAUCCAGACGAUGAUCCACCCUUUCAACCGGAUGUAGAUGCACCUAGCACUGAAGCAGCCCCAGAGAUCAGUGCGCCGGAACAGGCAUUGUCACAAUCUUCGAUGUCACCGAGUUCUAUAGCUUCCACAGCUCCAGCUACACCCAAUCGGUCCCCGUCUCGCCUCAAUAGUAUCCGUUCCAGUAUAAGAAUGUCUCGUAGUACCUGUGCUAUCUGUUUGGAGAGUAUGAAGGCAGGUCAAGGGCAAGCUCUUUUCACGGCGGAGUGUUCUCAUACCUUCCACUUUUCGUGCAUCGCUUCGAAUGUGCGACACGGAAACCUCGUCUGUCCAGUUUGCCGUGCAAAGUGGAAGGAAGUUCCCUGGCAAGCACCUGUAGAUUAUUCUCCAAAAGAUCACAUACAUCGACCUUCGAUGUCAAACGGAAGUCUCAGUCGUCCCAGUCCCAGGAGAAGUCAGCAUGUCCCAGGCUCCAGACAUUCUCCAAGCUCGUCUCCUCGACGUGGAACCGAAGACUCACUUGGAGAGGAGGAAGAGGAGCAUAGGCGAGUAGAUCCGGUGCUACGGAUCUUGGAUGAGUCCAUAGCCAAUGCUCGAGGGGUUCGUCGAAUAGGUCCCCAGGAGCCCAACAUGUUCGACGAUGAUGAGCCCCUAAAUUCCCCUUCAGGCAAUACAGAACGAGAUGGCAGUGAGGAACCUGUAGAACCUGUAUUGUACAGGGUCUACGAACAUGGGCAAGCACAGGAGGAGAGUAGUAGCCAGAGUCCAAAUGAAGAUAAUCAAGAGGGUGCCACAGUGGAAGAGCAGGCGAGGAGCGUGGUUCCGGAAAUAAACGCUAGAGGGUACCCAGAGGUGGAAGAGCAGGUGAGGAGCGUGGUUCCGGAAAUAAAUGUGAGAGGGUACCCAGAGGUGGAUGAAGUAUCUGGAUCAGAGGAGCGUCAAACCUUCACGGUGUUAGUAAAUAUAAAAUCCGCAUUAAUCAAUACAAGAAAUCCACUGGAUAAUGAGGGGUGGGAAUGGAGGGAUGGGAUGGAUGGGAAUGGAGCAGAGGAAGCUCGCGAUGCCAAGCUGCUCUUGGAUCCAAGCUCCCGCGCGCCUCUGGACCUGGUCACGGUGUUGGACAUUAGCGGUAGCAUGGCAGGAACGAAGUUGCUGCUUUUAAAGCGUGCGAUGGAGUUUGUUAUCAGCAACUUGAGUCCGUCCGACCGCCUUUCUGUGGUGGCAUUUUCUUCUUCUGCACGGAGGCUCUUCCCUCUACGAAGAAUGGUGGAGGAGGGUCGACAACUGGCACUUCGGUGUGUGGACUCACUGGUAUCCACCGGUGGCACCAACAUUGCUGAUGGCUUGAGAAAGGGGGCCAAAGUGCUCGAGGACAGACGCAUGAGAAACCCAGUGGCCAGCAUCAUGCUUCUCUCCGAUGGGCAGGACACCUACACCAUGAGCAACAGAUCACAUCUGCUUACACCUCUCUCGAGCAGCAACUCUCGUGGUGCCAUAGAUUAUAGAAGGCUCGUACCUGGAUCCAUUAGACAUGGUUUUAGAUACGGUCAAAAUUCCCAAAUCCCUGUACAUACUUUCGGAUUCGGGGCGGACCACGAUGCAGCUACCAUGCACUCAAUAUCAGAAGCAUCGGGCGGGACUUUCUCCUUCAUCCAAACCGAAAGUGCAGUGCAGGAUGCUUUUGCUCAGUGCAUCGGGGGUCUGCUCAGCGUGGUGGUGCAGGAUGCUCAGGUUACCAUGUCUGCCGGAGCACCUGGAGUCCAGAUUAGGUCCAUCCAAGCAGGCAGCUACGAGAGCUCCAUCCGAGACGGCGGAACACAAAGUUUGGUAAAGAUUGGUGAUCUUUACGCUGAAGAGGAGCGGGAUAUUAUGGUCGAUCUCCAGCUCCCACGUGCUCACAGACCGACCGGAGAGAGCACAAACAGCCCUGUAAUGAGACUUCUCCGAGUGUCAUGUUCAUUCCGUAACCCUGUGACGCAAGCUGUGACUGAUGGUCCGUUCACUGACAUCACUAUCAACCGACCGGAAUUCGUUGACACAGCUUCGCAGACAGUGAGGUCGGAGGUGGACAGGCAGAGGAGUCGCAUUCGUAUCGCGCAGUCCAUUGUGGACGCAGGGGCCUUGGCCGAUGGUGGAGACAUAUCUGCUGCCCAAGAGAUUCUCAUCACAGCCAAGGAGAAUCUGCAUGGAUCGCCUGCCUUUCUGGCCGGCGAUCAACUCUGCGUGAGCUUGGAAACGGAGCUCCUGGAGAUCCAGACUAGAAUGGCAAAUCGUCAAAUGUACGAGAGGUCUGGUCGAGCCUACAUUCUGUCGGCUCAGAGUUCUCACUUUCGGCAGCGCGCAACAACGAGAGGGGAUUUCAGCGAAAAUCACAGCCGUGAGUAUCAAACGCCGUCGAUGGCGGACAUGAUCCUGCGCAGCCAAACCCUUCAGUCGCCGAGAGGUACACACCCAACCGCGAGUCCAUCGCUGCCCAUGAGCCCGACUCGGGAGCCCCGGAGGAACCAUCACACAGCCCGCUCCGCCUUGAGCCCUUCUCCGUCGAGAAUGCUGCACAGAGGUUCAGGCAAAGUCCAAGACUCGCACGGACACCGGGACCCGUCUCCAUCCUCGAGAAUUUGAAUCAACCAUAAACAUAUUUUGAUACGGGCCGUAUAUUAUUACUGAAUUUGUCACUAUACGCCAUACACCCUGCCCCCAUGGGGUCGGGCUCCUGCUUACGCCAUUUCUCGAAUGAGGCGAUGACUGGGGUGCUGAGCAAUGAUGAGUGACCUUGUAGCUGUAAGUACGUUAGUCUAGUGCAUCCGACGGGCUGCGAAAUUCUUUUUGGAAAAUUUAGUCAAUAAAGAGGCUAGAUUUCUGCUGUUCCGUGCCUAACACGGACAGCCAAUUUUGAAGCUGUACAUCGUCUUUCGGUACACUUCCUCAAAACCUGCAGAAAAGUGCAAUCUCGCAGCAUACGCUUCACUCUCUCCUCUGGUGAGGAGCUGCGGUUUGGAUGCCAUAUCAUAGGCUUCAAACGCGAUGGCGAGCACUUGAAAGUUCUGGGAGGUGCCCACUUCCUGUCGAAUAACAUCCAAUUGUGCCGGCCUGUGAGCGAGCAACCGAGGAGUUCCUAGCCUCUCUAGCCUCUUUGGUGCGGAGCCUGCUCCGUCGUGCAAGUCUGUCAUCAUGUGGCCUUCAGGUUCUUCAUCCAGUUCCCUCCCUCCGGGGCAAGGUGGAAACUGGAAAGCUUCACAACCGCUCACUUCCAGCUGUACAAAUUUCUGAGUGAGCUACAUAUUUGAAGAGUAGAGCGUCAUAUUCUACUUCUCUCGGGGACCCACGGCAUCGACGUCUUCUGAGAGGAGUUCGGCUGCAGCAGUUGCUUUCUCGAUGAUUACGAACUAGUCAUUACGGUCAACUUUUUCUUCCUGGGGUCGAUCGAUCGAACAAGUGGACGUCUUCUUCCCACGACACAGGUCUACUUAUGCUGGAUUAAAAAAGGAGUGCCACGAGUACCGCACCAUCACUACACUGUCGUGCUCGUGUCCCUCCGAGACGAUGGUCUUCCAGUCGAUGUGCUAUUUUUCCAGCACCAGAGGAGAUUCCAGCCCUCUCGCAGGGUUCGCUACCUCAAGGUAGCACAUGGAUUCACCUGUCUGUCUGUCUGUCUAUCUGAGAGCGGUGAUUAUACCAGUUGGGCUCUUCUUUGUCAAAUCUGCUGAGUCGAAGGAAAUGCUUCGCCAGCAGCAAUCGGAUUUCAAGCUUUCAUGUUAGUGCUCCAUAUAUGUAGGAGCGCAGGAGUGUUGUGUUCUACAGGUAGAGUCUCGGCUGUUGAUACGAUCUCACUGACCAGCCUUCCCACCUCGGUUGACAGCUCUGAAGAAGAUGUUCUGUCGAGAUUAUAACGGGGUAAAAUUCACCCUAUAGUUCAUGUUAUAUUUUUUUACGAUCGUGGUGCUUGUCCGGCUCGAGUUCGCCGAAGGGGUUCCGAGUCCAGUCAUUGUUUCGUUUGUCUUCAAUGUACAGGUUUAAGCACAACAUAAAGAGUGCCAGAGUUGAUGAAAAUUUCACAGCAUCUGAAAGCUUGAGCUACUGAAUUUU